CGAGUUUCCACUUUGCUGGAAAAGAGAGCAGAAUCAACUCUUCCAGACAAAACAAAGAAAACCAUGGACUGACCCCAAAGCCCUAUGGGCGACGGGUCUUAAAAACAUGGUGCUCAUAGCCGACACCACAGUAAAACCAAAAAGGCAAAAACAAAUAUAUAAACACCACCCCCUAUCCCUUACUCUUCUUGCUUCAAACUCAUCCAAUAAUCUUUCAUCACUAUGUGUAGGUCACCCGAUUACCCACCAUUUUCAAAGGAUUCGAAACAUUCAGAUCCACUCACAAUCACAGCUUUCUAUGUUCUCGUUCACCCUUCACUGUUCGAAUUCCAAGACCAUGAACCCGAUUUCCUGACUCUCCUCCUCAAUCCAGCAGCUACUACCAUUUCUCUCCGUAGGAUACGGCUUCCCAAUCAUGAAUUUGUAUACGCAAGCAAGCAGAAUGUGCGAGCCACGACCAACGUUAUGAGGUUUCAACUCUUCGAUGGGAAAACCAAGCUCUUGAAAGGGGCUAUAAGGAUAGGAGAGGACAAGUGCGAGGUGAUCCCUUCAAUUUUAGGGGCGGAGAUUUGGGUUUCUAUUGCAACAAAAUCUGCUAAGACGGUUUGUAACAACAAAAAUAUGAUCAAGAAGAAGUCAAAGUUAGAGGACAUUCCAGAGGAGGCAGAGCUUCGUGCUGAUGAUGGAGAUAAUCCAGAAAUAAAAGAAGCCGCCAUACACUUGGAAAUGGAUUUGGAAGUACUGAGGAAAGCCAUGGACAUGGUUUUUUUUUUUUUUUUUACAUGUCUAAUUUGA